CUAGUUAACAAACCUGACCGAAACCGAUUCCAACGCAACCGCGCGCGAGAGUCGUCAACGGCAGACGUAUAAAAGUCGCGGGGCAGCCGGACUCUGGAAUUCGUUAGGUGUUGUUGCGCGUCGCCGCUCCCAUCGCAUCGCCGCCGCCGCCGCCGCCGGCCAUGCAGCUGCACGCGCGCCGGCGGCACGCCGUGGCGCGGUGCCGCGCACUGAUCACCGCCGCGGCCUUCGCGCUCGCACUGGCGGCGCUCCUCUGCUUCAGCCUCGUCCCGCCCGGCGGCAUGCUCGCCGCCCCCGCGCGCGCCCUGCAGCUCGUGCCGGCGCGCCGGCUCCACGUCCGCCUCGGCGCCGUCAAAGGCUACACCACAACCGCAACCGCCACGCCGGACACCGGUGGUCGUCGCGCCACGAAGGCGCAGCCGGACGCGGCCGUGCUGCUCCCGGACUGGGAGGCGCUCGUCCUGCUCCGCGCCGACGCCGCCGACGCGGCGGGAAACGUGACGUGCAGGUUCCGUGGCGGGGCGACGUCCCCGGCGCGCGCGCUCGGGAGUCUACCGGCGCCCGGGAGGUCCGGCCGCCGCGCGUACGCCUGCGUCGUGCCCGAGCCGGCGCGGAGGCACAAGACGCUCCCCGCGCCGCAGCUCGUGAUCGCCUCCUCGUCGACGUCGAAGAGGACCGUGGGUGCUGCCCGUGGUGGUGGCCGGUCGACCGAGAUGCUGCGCUGGAGCGGGCGGCUGGUGUACGAGUCCGCCGUGGUGGACGGCGGCGACGUGCUCGUCUUCGCCAAGGGCGUCAACCCGCGCCAAGGCGUCAACCGCCCGGCCUCCGAUAUCCAGUGCGUGUACUACCGUGCGGCCAGCGGCGCCAACGGCGACCACGUUGUAGCCACGCUACCGGCGGCCACCUCGGCGCAGCAGGUCUUCAGGUGCCCGCCUCCGCCUAUGCCGGUGCAGCAGGAAUCCCUGGAGCUCCGCGUCACGCUCGCCAUCACCGGCCAGGAGCCACUCCCGUCUUUGGCCGUCUACAAUCCGCCGCGUCCAGGCUCGUCGACGGCAUCACCGGAGAAGAAGCUCAUCUGCGCCUGCACCAUGGUCCGCGACGUGGCCAAGUUCCUACCGGAGUGGGUGGUCUACCACGCGGCAGUGGGCGUGGACCGGUUCUACCUCUACGACAACGGGAGCGAAGACGACCUGGCAGACCAGGUCCACCACCUCAACGCAGCCGGGCACGACGUCUCCACCGUGGCGUGGCCCUGGACCAAGGCCCAGGAGGCCGGGUUCUCCCACGGCGCCGCGGCGCACCGCCACUCGUGCCAGUGGAUGGCCUUCGUCGACGUCGACGAGUUCAUCUUCUCCCCGCACUGGAACCAAUCCGAGAACAACCCGGACAAGUCCACCAUGCUCCGGUCGGUGGUGUCGUCGGUCCAGCCAGACAUCGGCCAGGUGUCGUUGGGCUGCGCCGACUUCGGGCCCUCGGGUCGGACCUCGAACCCGGAGGAAGGGGUCACGCAGGGCUACACGUGCCGGAGGCGAACCCAGGAGCGGCACAAGUCGCUCCUCCGGCUCGACGCGGUGGACGGCUCGCUGGUCAACUCCAUCCACCACUUCGCGCUCCGGCCCGGUUUCCGAGGUGAGUGGAACAAACAAGUCCGAGUGAACCACUACAAGUACCAAGCGUGGGAGGAGUUCAAGGUGAAGUUCCGGCGCCGGGUGUCGACGUACGUGGCGGACUGGACCGACCCGGUGAACCUCAAGUCCAAGGACCGGACCCCGGGAUUAGGGUUUGAGGCCGUCGAACCGGUCGGUUGGACGCACAAGUUUUGCGAGGUGAAUGACACUCUGCUCCGAGACGCGACGCGGAGAUGGUUCGGCGCUGGGUUUAGGAAUGGACCGGCACAAGCACAUCAUAGAGGAUACACGUACGUACAAAAUUAG